AAUUUCUUUACCCAAUCGCAAUCGGCCCACCGAGCAUGAGGGGGGGCGACUUCCUCGAAUUUUCCUUCUCUUCUCUGACCGACUGAUCUUAGCGAUCUUCUCCCUCGAAUCUUAGCGUAGCGGUAGCGCCGAUCCUGUUCCUGUGCCGUGCCGGCUUGGAUUGGAAAAUAGGAGGGAGAAGAUCAACGCCGCCGCGGUGCGGCCUGUGGAGUAUUAAACAAAGAUGCGCAGAGCCCGGCUGCGCCGGCAGCUAGCAGCCAACGCGAAACUUCAGCUUCCGCUCCGCCGUCCCCCUCCCGGACCCAAACAAACAAACCAUCGUCACCCAAUAGCCACCGGCCAACUGUCAAGCACUCCUUCGGUGCUUCCCCAUCUGCGCCCCCCGAUCCCUCCGGACCCGCGAGCGAGGCCGUCGCCGGCGCGCGCGAGAUUUGAGCUGAGGCCAUGGAGUCACCGUUCCGGGCCGACGUGGUCAAGGACAAGGCGGCGCUGGUCACCGGCGGGGGAUCCGGCAUCUGCUUUGAGAUCGCCGCCCAGCUCGCGCGCCACGGCGCGCAGGUCGCCAUCAUGGGCCGCCGCCGGGAGGUCCUCGACAAGGCCGUCGCCGCGCUCCGGUCCCAGGGCCUCCGGGCUGUUGGUUUCGAUGGAGAUGUCCGCAACCAGGAGGACGCGGCCAGAGUGCUUGCUGCAACAGUUGCACAUUUUGGCAAGCUCGACAUUCUUGUGAACGGUGCAGCUGGCAACUUCCUUGCUUCCCCGGAGGAUUUGACGCCCAAGGGAUUCAGAACUGUUCUUGAGAUCGACACUUUGGGUACAUACACAAUGUGCUAUGAAGCCCUCAAGUAUCUGAAAAAGGGUGGGCCAGGAAAAGGCCCGUCCACUGGUGGACUAAUCAUUAACAUAAGUGCAACACUGCAUUACAGUGCUUCUUGGUACCAAAUCCAUGUCUCUGCUGCUAAGGCUGGGGUUGAUAGCAUCACAAGAUCACUGGCUCUGGAGUGGGGAACAGAUUAUGACAUUAGAGUCAACGGGAUUGCACCUGGACCAAUUCAAGACACCCCGGGGCUGAGGAAGCUUGCACCUGAAGAAAUGAGCAAGGGGCUUCGAGAAAUGAUGCCAUUGUUCAAAUUUGGGGAGAAGCGGGACAUAGCAAUGGCUGCGCUCUACCUUGCUUCUGAUGCAGGCAAAUAUGUAAAUGGGACAACACUGGUGGUCGAUGGAGGUCUUUGGUUAAGUCACCCUCGCCAUAUUCCCAAGGAGGAAGUUAGGGAGCUGUCGAAGGUGGUUGAGAAGAAGGUGUGAACACAAUGGAGAUGGAGAUCUUCAAGAGAAAGAAAACAAGACGCUGACAGGCAAGCAAAGCUGUGCGAUUCUCCUCCUGUGUCUCAACUGCCGCGUGAGAAGGAGAGAAUCAUUUCUUUGCCUUAUAAGUCACUAUGACGGUGCCGUGAACUCUUUCGGAGGUAUCCAGUUUAAGAAAAAGCUCUUGUACCAUCUCGUUCUGCUGGUCUUUGAUCAUGACUCGUGGAUGACGAUCUGAACUCUGACGGUACCAGUUCACAAGUUUCUUUCUGAAAAAAAAAAUUCUCCCAUUCGAACUGUCUUGUAAGGCUGAGCAAACCAUAGUUUCUGGACUAACUAUGAUUGUUACAUG